CAGGGUGACGGGCAACUUACAUGCGACUCUCUUUGGCAAUCUGCGGUAGUUCCCAAUAUCGAGACAAUAGCAAGUUCUUGAAAAUCUUGUGUUCUAGACCCGUCAUGUCGGCUGCACGUUCAAGAAAGCGGAGGGUAUUGGCGAUUCUCGAUGGGUUGAAAUCCGCGGGUGGAGAAGCGCGAAAGGAUGUCCGCAAGGUAGUUCGAAGGACAUGCCGGCUUGGUGUCGCAUAUCUGAUGGCCUUUAGACCUUGUCGGUAGAGAUGACGGUAUGCAUGAACGAUCUCUUGCUGGUUGACCAGCGGUCUGAUCUGAGAAGCGCUCAUGGUAGAGUAGUUGUAGUUUGAUUUGUCUAUUCCAUGUGGAUUCGUUGGGCGGUGGCAGCUUCACUUUUCGCAGGCCUCAGGCAACGCUAGUCCCGUUCAAGACAGGUGACUUUGGGCCGCAAUCGCUUCGUCUUCGCAUUUCCCCCCCACCUUACUUGGGAUGCGAACCUGCAGUAUUCGUGCUUUGCUCGUCUUUUGUCGACCUGGCUCCAGUAGCUAAUAAGACGUGUUCAUCUGCAACGUGCCGUACUCCUCCAUACCUUCGGCGCCUCCCUCGGAGCCCUGAGUAUACCGGCGUACCCGUUGUACCCAUUGAAACCCAACUCCAGUUUUAUGAACUGACCGCCCCGAAUCUACGCUCCUACCCUCGACGUCUCCUCCUCUGAGCCCCUCGCGCCGAUAUCGAAAACAUGUAUUGAACGGAAUUUGCUGCAAGGCUUUAUCGAAAGCCGGUUUGAAAAGAAAUGGCCCGGGUCGUGAGAAGGGCCAUGUCAGCUUCGGCUCGGCGCGCGCCCAGUCGCGCUGUCCAGAGGAGAGCUCGCAAGCAUAAGGUGAUCAUGGAGACGGUCACUCAGGAGAAGAAAAAGCUGCGGAGUGUGAUCUGUUUUGAAGCCCAGGCACCGAGUGGUUAUACAUUCAUCCCAGCGGGAAACCCGCUUCUGACCACAUCUUGCAAGGAGCGGUGUCGGAAGGAUGGACUACAGGUCUACGCGGUCUCGACAACACCUCACAUGGGCACACAUAAUCUGUCUCAGCAUGUCCAUAGGAUAGGGUAUCAUUUCCCAAGCACAGUCGUCGCAGCGGCUUGCUCAGAGCUUGGCCUUUACCUUACGAGUGCUGGGAAAGCAGUCCCCUUCCACACACUUGGUACUCUACAAGCGAACCCCCCAUCGAACUCCGAGGUCGAUCAAAUCACAAUCAACACCGAAGCGAGAGAUGCGAUAAGGGACCUAUUUCCUAACAUCCCUGACAACGAUCUCAACCAGAUUAUCAAGACGGCUUUUCAAAAGGGUCAACGGAAAGUCGGCACAGCAUCGGAAUUGCCUUUAGCUCGCAGAGCACAACUGGCGGUGGUGGCACACAUUCGCCACCUCUACACUGAUUAUGAUCGCCUUCUGAAGCAGAAAUCAUUUCAUGAAGCUAGGUCGGAAGUGGAGCAGGUGACCCUGUCCAAAGUUAUCGCGUGGCGUGGAGACGAUGAAAAUGGACAGACCGCUCUUGAGGACGUUUUCCGCGAGGUUAUCGUCAUAUCGGAUGACGACGACAGCGAAACAGAAGAGGAAGAAGGGCUUGUAUCAUCAGAUACUAGGGACCGCAGCAUUGAGAUUCUUUCUCGCAAUGCCCGGACCCAUGAGAUUCAAACUCAACCGAUAAGCGCCGUGCAUUUCACCACACAGGACCCGUUGCGAGAGCAGUCUGAGGAAGCCCCGCCUGGAUAUCGGAUUGUCACCAGGGUACCAGCCCAGAAUGCCAUCAACCGCCGUGGAUUCAACAGAUAUCAAGCCUGGAACCGCGCACUGAAUCGGUAUCGAGCUGAAGCCAACGGUACUGAACAGGUCCCUGUGAACAGUGCCACAUCCGGUGAAAAGCAGAGUCCGCGGUAUGGGAAACGUCCUGUUGUUACUCAUGAGAUGCCAGAUCCCCCUCGACGGCGAGAGGUUGCCCUGUCCUCCAUGGAGACCGUCCCCAGGGUUUUGUCAGGGCCCUCUUACGUUGAUAAUUCUGGACAACGACUACUUGCCAUGCCACCAAUGGAUCCCCCGUCCGGAAGGAGCCAUGUAGGUGCUCAAGAAAGACGCCCUCCUUUGGAGACCCCGCCAAUAGUUGCCCAAUAUAAAUCCAGUGGGCGACAGCCACCACUAAUCACACAGAAAUUGCAUGAAAUUCGUCAGCCAGAAGUGGCAAACUAUCCCGCGGUGAAUGCUGGCUACUCCCAGGGUAUAUCAUCAUACCCCAACACAAGUUCUAAUGCUCGGUUGGAGAGGCCGCCUGUAUCACUCAACAACAGAGCUGAUGCGCCGGUGUUUGUGAGCGGGCCGCAGGAACUACACCACCCAACUAGGGAGAGCCAUUUUGGACCCCGGACUGAUCUUACUGGUUCCCUUCAUCCUAGGACAGGAUCAAAUCGUGAGGACGCAAUCCCAUCGAUUGAAUUAAUGGAGUCUCCCGUCCUCGCAGAAAAGCGCCGGGCAGAUGGCCGCUUGGUGCAUCUGACCAACAAGAUGUCGCUUCGUUCCGUAACCCCAGGUCAUUCCCAGAGUGAGACAUCCCGACACGCUCAACCCAUGGCCCCUGACAGCCCGGAUGAUCAGAGCUGCAAGAGGAGACGGCUGGCACACUAUGCUGCGGGCCCUGUAAACCCACACCUCCAUGAGCGGAACGCAAGACUCACUGGGCAUCCUAUCCCGGAAGGACCCCGAGGACCGUAUCGCCGCGAGGAGGUUAUCCCUCCAGAGCCUCAUACGCAGGACAGGUUUUAUCUCCGUCGGGAUCUUCCUCUACCCGCAGAACAUCCCCUAGCUAUAGGACACCCGCACCAGAGAAACCCCGCCCCUUUGGCUCCAUCUCAGGUCAGCUCGAAUGCCAGGCCCCCUCUAGAGCGGACACGUAUGGCCGACCCCUAUGGACCAAUAUCCAUGCAUUCAACACAGCCAAGCCUCCAUGGAUACGGCAGCACUGUCACCCCUAGUGCUCGCACCCUGGGGCUACCAGCAGAUGCUUCUUACUCGGAACUUCGUCCAGCUUACUAUGAGGAUCGUAGUCCCCGUUUGGAUCGUGCACGGCCAUCAAAGCCUGAAGAACCACGAGUGCCUCUUUGGAGAUCCCAUCCUGAUGCCGAUCAUUCCGUGGUCCAUCCUGCUCCCUCCAACGGGAAGCUGUACGCCGACGGCUUCGUUCGUCAGGUUGAAUACCGCGAGGCUCGCCCGGUCCCAGUGGAAUACUAUCUCCCGCGGCCGAGGCACCAACCACUCAUGCGCGUGGAAGAGGACCAUGGCCAAUCGGCACGGACGAGGAUCCCUGACCCCCAUCCCCCUCAAGAUCUACCUCAUUUCCAGGGCCCCACAGAAACCCGUCACCCUCGAAGCCCACGGGCAGCGAUAGUCUCUCAUGGCCAGGCGCCUCAUCAUCCCAAUGCCGGGCCUAGCCCGCGCGAACCUCAUAGUAAACCCAGUGGCGCUUCUCGUGACAGACGCCCUGGUAGCGGGCUUGGUGCGCCACGACGUGUCCAUGAUCCGCGAUCCUUCCAAAUGGUUGAGCAAAAUCGUCCAAUUUAUGUGCAACGAGUCGAGUCGCAGCCACCAUCGCAGUAUACUGUCCCGGAUGGACGGCCCGUUGUGAUUGUGGAUUAAAGCGGGGCAAGAGAGGCUGUGUCCAGGGCGUUGUGAAGACUUGCUGGAUGAGAAUUGAUGCAUUUGUUACGCACGCAUUGUCUACGAUACUAUGAUACCCACCUGCCUAUUCAUGUUCUUAGAGUGCCUAUUACUAUGAUUCUUAUGAUGCCAAGAUCAAGUCAAUGUCCUCGGCAUGUUAAUUCAAAGAUAUUAGAUCCCCUCAUCCUAGCAUUAUCCGUACCCUUCGAUGCAUACAUUAUUUGCCUAGUCAUCCUCAGAAUCUUGUCAAAAUCUUUAUCAAAUAUUUCUUGUUGAGGCAAUGCGGAGAGGUACAAAGCGCUGGUAAGAUCGUUCUUCACCAGGAAGCACACGAUCAAGUCUUCCAAGUACAUCUGAAGAAUAUAGCACCCUUCUAGAGUAAUUAUUCCGACUCCCAUUCAUGACACCGCCUUCGUCUUCUUCCAAAACUUUUCUCCCAAUAUACACCAACAGCCGUCUUAGACGCUCUUGGUCUGUCCAUCAGCCUCGCCACUAUUCACGGUCUUGCCAGUCUUCUUGAUCGCGGCCAGCACGGUAUCGUACGAGACAUUAGGUUCGGUGGUGAUGUUUGCAGUCUGCGAUUCGAGGCUGACAUCGAAGGCUUUGACUCCUAUAAGACUUGAGCGUCAGCGACAGACACAACACAAAGACGGUAACACGACGGAUCGGAUCGACGCGGGAUCAACAAAGGUCGCAGCCCAGGCACUUUCGAAUCUCAAGGGGUAUACACACCUUCCAGACGCUUCAGGACUCGCUCGACGGCGCCGGAGCAGCCGCCGCAGGUCAUGGUCACAUUGAACUUGUACUGGUGGUCGGACAUGGCUGCGACAAAGUGGGAUUGUUGCAAGGUGGAAUGUCCGCGGGGCUGCGGGGGAGAUUCUAAAAGGGCGGGAAGGUUGGAAGUGGGCGACGUAAGGAGUGGGGGGAAAAAGAUACAAGGAUUACGAGUGAGUGGAAUCGAGCGGUGAUGAGGACUAGCUGGCCUGUUGGACGUUACAAAGAUGGAUAUAUAUAGUUUUUAGUCGAGGGAGUUAGGCUUGAUCAUGUUUACUUCUGUUGUGUUUAUCGA